ACGCCGUAUCAACCUCCAAACCUGAAGCAGCGUCUCGUGUUAAACCGCCACACACGGCUGUUAACCACUAAUAUGUCGUGUUAAUGUGUUUACAUGCGGCUAUUCUGAUAUGAGAUUUUAUUAUUUAGACCGCGGACUGGUGUGAGCUGCAGCCGUUACCUGCGCUGAAAAGAGGUAAGCUGUGCGUUAGCUAACAUGCUAACCACCAGUACCAGUGAUACACAGGAUAGAACGGAUGAGCGCUAGAAGCUAAUGCUAUGUGCUAACUAGAUUAGAUGAAAUAAACAGAGUAGAUGGAUAGUGUGGGUUAUACGUGUACUGUAUUAGAGGAGCAGAGCUAAGUUAGCUAACUAAAUAAACCAGCCGGGAAGCUAAGCAGCUCAACGGAUUAUUAGGGCUAAAAUCUGCGCGAGGUAGAAAACGAAAUAUCGCGGGAUUUGUGGACGAGUUAUAAAGCCGACAUUAAUAUAAACAGCAUUAUAAGAAGCAGUAAUGCUAAUGAUGAUGAAAAGCAAAGCUCAGCUCGUCCUGGACUGAGAAUCGCUGCCAUCUAAAUAAUAAAAAAAGAAGAAAAAAAACAGGCGAAUGGGGCUCUUCGACAAGCUUGCGGGAUGGCUGGGCCUGAAGAAAAAGGAGGUGAACGUGCUUUGUCUGGGUCUGGACAACAGCGGAAAGACCACCAUCAUCAAUCAGCUGAAGCCGUCCAAUGCUCAAACACAAGACAUCGUCCCCACUAUCGGCUUUAGUAUAGAGAAAUUCAAGACGUCAAGUCUGUCAUUCACAGUGUUUGACAUGUCAGGCCAGGGCAGGUAUAGAAACCUGUGGGAGCACUACUACAAAGAAGGACAGGCCAUCAUAUUUGUCAUUGACAGCAGCGAUAAGCUGAGAAUGGUGGUUGCCAAAGAAGAGCUCGAUACUCUCCUUAAUCAUCCUGAUAUAAAACACAGGAGGAUCCCCAUCCUGUUCUUUGCUAAUAAAAUGGAUCUAAGAGACGCUCUGUCCUCAGUAAAGGUCUCUCAGCUCCUCUGCCUGGAGAACAUCAAAGAUAAACCAUGGCACAUCUGUGCCAGUAAUGCUGUCCAGGGGGAGGGUCUGCAGGAGGGAGUCGACUGGCUGCAAGAUCAAAUCCGAACCAUGAGAACAUGAAACACUUGUAGAAUCCAGGGAAGAAGAAAAAAAAACCAUGUCACCGAAUCCGCAUCACAAUCUGAACCUUCUUCGCAGCACCCGCUAAGCCGCCUGAUCAGAAAGCGCAGUUUGGGAGUGUGAGAUGCUUUAAUUCUGUUGCACCAAACUUUUUUAUUAUUAUUUAUUUUGUUGCACCUUUUUAGCUUUUUUUUUUUUUGGCUAGAUCACAUUUUACAAUAUGUACUAGUGUGUUUAAAAUGUAAUAAAUGUGCACAUACAGUACACACAUCAUACCUCAGCUAAAAGCUGGCAAAAGUUUUAUUAUUUUUUUUAGCAAUCCAAGUAAAUAAUCCACAUACACAUAUAAUAUCACAUAUUUAUUAUGUCACAUCAGAUUAGCAUCAUUGUUUCAGAGCAGGGGAUAAUGUUCACAUUAUUGUAAGAUGUUUAGGAGUCAUUUCAUUAUGGUAACUUUAAAGUGUGAUUUUUUUUGUUGUUGUUGUUGUUGUUGGUGUGUAGAUAAUGUUAUAGCUUCCCAGACCUUUUAUACCAUAGCUUUACUUAAUUUUAUAAUUCCAACCACAAACACACACACACACAAAAAAGAUUAUUUUUAGUGUAAUGCAUAUAAAUUCAGCUGUUCCUUAUCCUGUAAAGAAUUUAGUUUUCUACUCAUUUUCUGUCUUGUACUGUGAUUAUAAAGAGUAAACUGUCUGUAAGCAAAGCUAA